AGAGAGAGAGAGAGAGAGAGAGAGAAUGUAUGUGCGUAUGUGACUUGAUCUCAGUGGAUCAUGGAGCAGCGCACUGACCGCGGUGCGUCGGAGUCUCCUGACCGCACGAAUGCGCUUCUAACACGGCUACUUUUGCUCCGGAGCGCCGCUGAACGGAACUAAAGCUGGAGGAUCGGAUCGGUACCGAUGGCUGAUCCUCUGCGGAGGACAAUUCUAGCCAAACUCAGGGGCAAGAAAUCCAAAGGGAAAGACGCGAGCACCGUGAACCGGCCUAGAGAAGGUAAAGAAAAAGUUUCUCAGACGCAAACAGAGAUAAAUCGCAUAUGUAACGCGAUGAGGGCUGAGCAGAGCUGCGCGAGCGCGGAUCCGGUUCCCCGGAGCGCUGGGGGUCCCGCUGAUCAAAGCGAACGCACCGAGCUCAAGCGCUUCCACACGAUCGGAGACUCGAUCGGCUUCGGCGGUUGCGAUUUAAAACCCAAACGAGAGGCUUUAAAGCUAUCAGAUAGUCAAGAUCUAAAGAAUAAAGAGCCAAAUGUUACAUUACUAGAGCAAAAGGCUGGAAAAAACAUUACGGGAGACUUUAGAAGCCCACAACAUCACGUGUAUGAUUAUAUAGAUGCAGAAAGCGAUCUAAUUCAGGUUAUAGAGAGUUCUCUGGAGUAUCAUGGAGAUUUUAGGAUGCCCCCGUUACAAAGUCCGACUUUUUUCCCCACUGAUCUGGAAAUAACAUUGGCCCCCGGGCUGAGAGACGGGGUCCCUCGACACCACUCGGUCGACAGCGAGGACGACGAUUAUUACGAUAACCAAAUUCUGCCCUUUUAUGAGUCGUGCACUCAGUCGAACGACCACCACAAUAAAAAUAUCGGUGCGCCAAUAUCGGCGUCGAUGUCUAACAAAACCACGCAAGAAACAGACCGGCUGAAGUCGCAACUAAACGAGGCGUAUUAUUUGCUAAUAAACACAAUGCAUAACAUUAGUUUCGACGGUCAGGUUGAAGACAACGGAUUUGUGGAUCAGGCCAGUAGCGCAACUCAAUCCAACGAUAGCGUUAGCAUUGGAAGUGACGCGUCGGAAGAACGUCAGAACGAUUCUGAUUCGCCAUUUAUCGGACGAUGUGGGGAGGGGUUGAUGGGGUCUUCGCAAAGCAGAAGUUUGCAGAAUAUUCGCAAUGCAAAUCCCAAACCGAUGCUCCAGCGGUCGGUGAGCGAUAGCAAGGUGAAGUACUCGUCAAAUCGCAAGGAAGAGACGCGAUCCGCGGUCGCAUCGGGAUGCGAUGCGCAACUGGCGAAUCCUACAGAAACCAUACCGACGUCUGUUUUGACGCAACAAUCCUGCCACGAUACAACAGUGCCCAAACAUCCUGGAGUCACCGUCAACAAGAUGCAAGAGUGGAUGCAGAAAGGUCGCGUGCUUUCGUCCGAAAUGAAGCAGAGGAUCACUGGUUCUUCGCUGAGAGCCAGUCAUGUGAGGCCAAAAAUGGCGCGACAGCAGACAGCGAUGGAGUUUAUCUGUCAGCGUCAGACCCCGUUUAACCACAUCACAGUCUCCAAGAAACGUCAGUGGCUCCAGCAGAGCUCCGUCACAGCGCCCCCUGCAGCCGAGGAGGAACAAACACAAACACAAACACUGACAGACAGAGAAGUGCGUCCUCGUCCUCUCCGUCCGGCCGAUGCUGAAGUCAAACAGCGCACCGAACCGGCCGAGGAGAACGACGCCGACGACGAGGGAGAGAUCUGGUACAACCCAAUCCCGGAGGAUGAAGAGGCCGAUCAGCCGCGCUGUGUCCCUGUCAUCAGAGUCCAGACGAGACGAGCGGACGCAGACGAGAGACAGACGCAGGACGAGAGCAGAGCCACAGAUCCUUCAGAGCAGUCCACUGGUGGACUUUCUCCCCCUUCUAGUCCCAACCCAGCUAAAAGGAGCACUACUAUCAACUGGUCUUUUCCUGAUAAAAUCAAGUCACCACGGACUGUCCGAAAACUCUCUAUGAAGAUGAAGAAGCUACCUGAUCUGAGUCGGAAGCUUAGUGUUAAAGGGAACUUAUCUAGCAAUGUGGUUAUCAGCAACAGCCAAUCAGAACCCAGAGCUCACUUACCAAGAACCAAUGGGAUGGCAGAGCUGAGCCAGCCCCAGUCCAGACUGUCCCCAGCAGGUGUGACGACUGCAUUGGCAAGCGGUAACGUGAUUUGGUGGUACCAUUUGGACAGCAGUGUUUCUACGCAGCACAAUUUCGAUAAGAGGAGGAGCAAUAGUGGUGGCGUUCCCAAAUCAGCCAGUAAGGGAGGUUACUUGAGUGAUGGAGACUCACCCGAACUUGUCGCCAAGUCAGGAAAGCAUGGAAACUCAGAAAGAAAGAAUGGUAAAGCCCGGGACAGGGAUCCUAAUGGGAAUGGCGGAAGUCUGAAGUUCCCUGGCACAGAGCUGGAUAUCGACGCCUUCCGUUCAUAUAGUUUCUCGGAGCAGCCAAAGUGCCUAACGUAUAUCUCUGGACUAAUGAGUCUGCACUUCUAUGGCGCAGAGGACCUGAAGCCACCGCGGGUUGAUUCCCGUGAUGUCUACUGCGCCAUCCAGGUGGACUCUGUCAACAAAGCUCGUACAGCCUUGCUGACCUGUCGGACAGCCUUCCUGGGCAUGGACCACACCUUCAACAUUGAGUUGGAGAAUGCUCAGCACCUCAAACUUGUUGUUUUCAGUUGGGAGUCCACACCACGAAGGAACCGGGUAUGCUGCCAUGGGACUGUGGUUCUCCCGGCUUUGUUUCGUGUGAGUAAGACGCAUCAGCUUGCCGUCCGCCUGGAACCACGUGGAUUGAUCUACGUGAAGCUGAGCCUCAUGGAGCAGAGGCAGAACUCUCUUGAUGGCCAGGAGGGGGGUCACGAAAUGCAGGUGUUUGGCAUAGAGGCUCGGCGCGUGGUGGAACGGGAAGCUUCUGGAUUAAUGGUUCCACUGCUCAUCGAGAAAUGCAUCUCUGAGAUCGAGAGGAGGGGUUGUCAGGUGGUGGGUCUGUAUCGUCUGUGCGGUUCAGCUGCGGUGAAGAAGGAGCUGCGGGAAGCGUUUGAGCGGGACAGUCACGCCGUCGAGCUCUCGGAAAACAACUACCCAGAUAUCAACGUCAUUACAGGCGUGAUGAAGGACUAUCUCCGAGAGCUUCCUCAUCCUCUCAUCUCGAAGCCUCUCUACGAGUUUGUUCUGGACUCGAUGGCCAAGAGGCCGCUGCAGAUGGGAAGCGGCGUCUGUGAGAACGACCCGGCAGACUCGGAUCACGCCAUCAGUUUGCUGGAGAUCCUGCCGGAGGUUGAGAAGGCGACCCUUCGGAAGCUUCUGGAUCACCUGAAGCGUGUGGCGUCCCAUCACGAGGUCAAUAAAAUGACCUGUCAGAACCUGGCGGUGUGUUUCGGGCCGGUUCUGCUCAGCCAGAGACAGGAGGCGUCCUGCCACGGGAACCGGGUCUUCAUCGACUCCGAGGAGCUUGCAAGCGCUCUACACUUCAAGAAACACAUCGAGGUGCUUCAUUACCUGCUCCAGCUCUGGCCAGUUGUGGAUGCUCAGAGUAAAUCUUCAUCUCCGGCUCCUGCCUCGGUGGAGUCGCUUCCAGCAGUGACGGCUGCCGUAAGGAGGAGGAAAGAGCGUCCACAGGUGCUAAAUCUAACUGAGGCAGACAUGGCAGGUGUUUUGCGGCCCAGAGCUGGCCGUCUGGACAGUCCCAGUAACCGCUAUGCCGGGGACUGGAGCAGAUGCCGGGAAACCUACCUACAACCGUGCUGCCCGGAGGAGGCAGACUAUGAUGAUGUUCCCAAUGAAGAACCUUCAAAUGCAGGACAGGAGGAACAGGGGGACUUAUCAAAGGGUACUAGAGACGUAGUCUCCAAACUAGAGUUGCCCGAGUUGGACCAGGCAGUUGAGAGGAUGGAGGAAAUGCAGAUAGAGGAGGAAGUGGAAGUGAGUGAGGAAGAGAAUCCAGUAGUUUUGGACAAGCUAAAAGUGGAGGAAUCUCUUCCCACAAGCCCCUACAAUCAGAUCCUCCCAGAGCACCGACCCAAAGAGCACAACUACCAAGCCUACAUGAAGAUCCAAGAGAUCAGCCCAGUCCUAAGCAACAGGGUCAACCUGCGGGACUUGCAGGAGAGCAUCGACACUCUAAUCGGCAACCUGGAGAGGGAGCUCAACAAGAACAAGCUCAACAUAGGGUAUUGACUCUUUAUAAGGACAGACAAAAUAUGGCGGUGAUUCCCUAGAGACAUCAGCGCUAUGGAACGUUCUUGCUCCCAUGCACACUUGGGAUGCUUGUACAAGAAGACAUUCCUCACUUCUGAUUUGUGUUGUCGUUUGUAUCCUGGUCUCCAUGUUGUUGAACUCAUCAUUGUUUUUCUUCUUAUGAGAAGAACUCAUUGAACCCUGAGGGGUGCACCAGGUGCCUUCAUUGUGUUAAGGUGGUGCUUAUGACAGCGAGAGCUUUUUACGGAGGUAUAAAAUAUUACGAUGAAAACCAAUGCACUUAUGGGGCCUGCUGUUAAAUGCAAGGCCAGUUCAGGUACAGGUGUGAAGCCUUACGGUGGGAGAACUAGGUACUACAGAUACAUCUCUAAACCAGGGGUACUCAGUCCUUCUCAUGGAGAUAUUGAAUUCCCUGCCCUAACCCCAACCCUAAGACCCCGAACCCUACAUUAGGGAUCUCAAACACAAAUUACCUGUUGUGGAGGUGGUGUUAGAUUGUUGUUUGAGAUCCCUGCACCUUACUCUCUAAACUUAU